AUGGAUCUCAACGAGAGCCCCAAUUAUUUCUCAAUGUCUGACUCAAGUUCUGACUCUCCCUCGGUGGAGGAGGAGACCAAAGGGGACAAUACGUCGGUGCAGAGUCCCUGGCUGUACUAUCCCAAAGGGAAGUCGAUCAUAACGUCUGGAACACAGGAGGGAUCCUCGAUGAUGAGGUCGUUGAGUAUGGGAAGAGCUGAUCCGACUAGGAGACUUGAAGGAGGUGACUUCAAGGCACAUAUGCUCAUGAUUAAUCCCGAGAGGUACGAUAUCAUCGAGAAGAUAAUGUCCUUCACGCAGAAUGGUUCUCGUGGGAUCUGCGUUUUGUCAGCAACCGGUGUGGUUGUUAAUCUCAUGAUUCAACCGCUUGACUCUAACAGAAGAGUCCUGGUGUUCAAGGACUGUUAUGAGAUAAUAUCGCUGACCAAUAAAAAGGAGAUAACUGAAAGUGGAAGAGUGAGAAAUGAGACAGGAGGGUGGCACAUUACGAUUGGUGGAGUUGAUGGUUGUGUCUUUAGUGGUAGUUUAGUCGGUAGACUCACUGCAGCAAGUCCGGUCCAAGUUGUGAUUGGUAGUUUCUGGCCAUUGAUCACAAACCCAUCUUUGAAGAAGCAAGAAACGUCCACAGCUGUGCUUGUUACUCCCACCGUACCAAACGCAUUUGGUUCCUCAUCCGCAGGACAAGACCAACAACGAGAAAUGAGAGACCCUUCUCACUUUUCGAAUAGCAAGUGA